UCGCCAUGCUGUUCCCUGGGGCUGCUGCUGCUGCUGCCCUGCUGGCUAGUGCCCGCCUGCUGUGGAACUGCUGGAAGCUCAGGAGCCUCCACCUCCCGCCUCUUGUCCCGGGCUUCCUGCACGCCUGCAGCCCGGCUCCCAUCUAUCUGCUUGGCCUGACUCAGAGGGGGCCCAUCUGCAAACUCCACCUUGGGCUGCAAGACAAGCUGGUGUCUAAGAACUACCCAGAUCUGUCCUUGGGAGACUACUCUCUGUCUGAAAGCCCACAGCUCACCCGCUCAGCCCUGCUGCUGGGCAUCCAAGACUCCAUGGAGCCAUUGGUGGAGCAGCUGACCAGGACGCACUUGAGCCCAGGCUGGCACCCUGUGGCCAUUGAGGAGGAAUUCUCUCUCCUCACCUGCAGCAUCAUCUGUCACCUCACCUUUGAGACAGAUCAAGGUGAGGACAACUUAAUGCCUGCCUAUUACAAAUGUAUCAGGAGUGUUAAAACCUGGACAUGGUCCAUUCAAAUUGUGGACGUGAUUCCCUUUCUACAGUUCUUCCCCAAUCCAGGUCUCCGGAGACUGAAGCAGGCCAUUGAGAAGAGGGACCACAUCGUGGAGGAAACAGCUGAGGCAGCACAAGGAGGCUUGGUGGCAGGCCAGUGGAGAGGGCAUGAUGGACUACAUGCUCAGGUGGUGGCGCGGCCGGAUCAGGAGGGCUCUGGGCAGCUCCUGGGGCACGUGCACAUGGCUGCAGUGGACCUCCUCAUCGGUGGCACUGAGACCACACUUUCACUCUCCUGGGCCGUGGUUUUUACUUCACCACCUCCCCAGAUUCAGCAGCGACUGCAGGAGGAGCUAGACCACGAACUAGGCCCCGGUGCCUCCAGCUCCCGGGUCCCCUACAGGGCCGUGCACGCUGCCUUGCUCAAUGCCACCAUCGCCAGGAGUGCUGCGCCUGCGACCGUUGUGCCCCUGGCCCUGCCGCACCACACGGCCCAGCAGGCCUUCCACGCUGCUGCCCCGAGGGAUGCCCUGCCCUCCCCUGCAGCCCCUGCCCCACUGCAGUAUCAUCCCCUCAAGAUGCAGCCUUUCCAAGUGCGGCUGCAGCCCGGGGAUUGA